CUCAGUAGAUCGUCAUUUAAAUUCUCCGUUUUUAUCUUCAAGUUCAAGCUCGUCGUUUUCUUUUUGUUGACGCUGUAGCUAAUCUCCGUUUGUUCCUUUGAAGCAGAGUGGCAUUUGCGCAACGUUUCACGACUUAUACAUCUUAAAAUACAAUCUGGCUUUGUAAAAUUUUCCGAAAGGCAAAUGCAAACUCCCUUAGCAAGGACCAUGCACCCCAUGUCGAACUAAAACACAUGUAGUUAAUGUUACACUCUUUAUCAGCAUCAUCUCCACCAACCAGUAAGAUGUGUUAUCGACUCCAGUUGUUUGCCCGGAAGUCUAGCUACAUUAGCGAAUUUAACCGGAGUUGCUCCCUCAAAAGAUGAAAAUACGAGUAGCAGAUCUCGCUAGUCAUAUUUAUAGCGUCUGCAAUAAUAUUUAUUUGCAUUUAUGUUGACACCUUAGAUUGCCUCCCAUUCUAGACAACGUCAACGAGGUUGCCGUCCAGCGUCCGUUGUAGGAGCCCUAGCUUCUGCGGGCAGCUGCUGUACAUGUACGGUAGCUGCUGCGGUUGUGAACAAAUUCAAUAAAGACAAGUAAAAGAAGUCAUGCAUCACACGAAAAGCUUCCUGAAGUUUUGGCUGGCAUCUGGCAGACUGCCUGUCAGUUAUAACAGAGGAUAUCUAACAUGGACAGUUUAUAAAGAAUGCCAUAGACAAAUACUUUAUCACCCACUCCUAGGCAAAACUACCACAAAAAUAGCUAAAAGGACACCACCUCAAAUGGCAAAUAAUUUUUUCUUGGGGGUUAUGUAUCAUGCAUCAUCAUCUCACAAUAAUGACAACAAAACUGGUGGUAUAAACAAGAAAAAGUUGCCUGAUAGUACAGAGGAAGAGCCCAGCAUAUCAUCCAGUAAUGAGGGAAGCUCUUCUGCGCUUGGGAGUAGUGGAGAGAAACAGGACACAAGUGCUCCAGUGCAGAGUUCAUAUGUAAAAGUUGUGCCAAAAACCAGUGUACCAAAGACAGACCGAUACACAGAUAAUUUAAGGUUGACUGUCCAUGAUGUCAAAAAGAAGUUUAUGUUAUCAGAUGAAGAUAUCAAGCAACUUAAAGGGAAAGAACAGCGAAGUCCAUAUUCUAGUGUGGAUCAUAUUGUGGUGUACAUGGAAAAAGAUGUGAGAGCAUUAGCAUAUAAAAAAUAUGGAGGACAAGCCAAUUUUUUGGAAAUGCAACGUAGACAAGAAGAAUUAAGGGAAAGGGCACAAAAGAUGGAUGUUACACAACUGUCCAAGCGCAUUCUCCAUCUUCCUCCAAAAGUUUUUACUCCUCCUUCGGACAGUAAAGAGAUUGACAAGGGAACUGUAUGGGCCUGCCAGUUUGCGGUUUUCACGAACUUUGUAGCUUUUGGUGCCAAAGGUAUUAUAUGGUAUCAAACGGGGUUUGACAGUAUGUUUGCCGAAAUGCUGCAUUCUUUGGUAGAUGUAACAAACCAGGCUUUUCUUCUGUACGGGGUGUAUAAAGCAAGCAAAAAACCUGAUUCCAUUCACCCGUAUGGUUACAGCCAAAUAAGGCCACUGACUUCCUUUCUCAGUGCCUUAGUCAUAUGUGGGGUAGGAGCAGUGUCAAUAUACCAUGGCAUCCUUGGAUUUUUUAACCCAGGAGAACUUGUUUCCCCAUUUUAUGCAUAUAUCGUAUUGGCCGUUUCUGGGAUAUGUGAAGCAA